AUGAAGGGCAUUAAAAUGGUUCAUUUGGACUCCCAUCCUGAUCUCCUCAUCCCUGUGAACAUGUCUGCUGAUACGGUGUACGACAAAGAGAUUCUGUUCAGUGAGCUGAGCAUUGAGAAUUGGAUUAUGCCAAUGGUCUAUGCUGGACACGUUUCCCACGUAGCCUGGCUGCAUCCGUACUGGGCUCAGCAGAUCAAAGAAGGGGAGCAUUCUAUGUGUGUGGGGAAAGAUUCAUCCACAACCACCAUCAGGGUCACAAGCAGAGACGAUUACUUUUUGAGUGACGCUCUUUACGUUCCACUGGAUCAGCUGGAAAACCGAUGGCAAAUUCCAUGUGUUGGUUUUCAGGAGGAGCUCUUAGAUUGUGUAGAGAGACGCACUCACCAGCUUGAAGACCUGGAGGCUGCAUUUGCUGAACUGGUAGAGGAUGACGGCCAGGAAACUGUUGAACGUUUAGCAGCAAACCCAAGAAUAAAAUCUCUUGUCAGACUUGUACACAGCCUUAAGAAUCGAACUCAGUCACCAGACUAUGAAAUGCUGCAUCAAGCAGGCUUGACCUGUGAUUACUCAUUGCUCCCUCACCACAUCAGCAGUGAGGAGGAGAUCCAGCAAAUGAUCACGGCUGUGCAGCUCUUCCUGGAAGCCCUGCCCAAACCCACCAUAGUCACUAUAUUCAGAUCCAGUUUGGAUGAGUAUUGCCCAGCGUGCUGA